AUGUUGCGGCAAGACUUUAACCGAAUUGACCCCAAACGGCGCAACGUUGUCGACCACCGUAAGAAGCAGUUUGCUUCACCAACAUACAAGGACCUCGACUAUCCCUAUCGUCUCAACUUUUACACGGAUCCUCCCACGGCCGAUAUCACACUCGAGCAGUUCGAGCAAUGGGCCAUCGAUCGACUCCGAGUUCUCGCCGAACUCGAAGCAUGCGCCUUCCGCAACAAGACACCCGCCGAGACAGCAACCCACAUGAAGCCCAUUCUCAAGCAGCACCUGAACCUCGAGGCCAAUAGUUCAAGCUCCAAGAAGCUAUUUGAGCAGCGACAAAAAGACCACUACAGCCACUUCAUUCUACGACUAGCCUUUUCGUCUACUGAAGACCUGCGCCGUCGGUUCACCCGCGUCGAGACAAUGCUUUUCCGUUUACGACUCAAUGAGGACGAUCUUUCAGAGCGAUCAGCCUUUGUCAAGACUCUUGGUCUGGACUGGUGUGAGGAUGUGACGGAGGAUGAUAGGAGGGAGUAUGCUGCGGAGCUAGCUGCCUUUACUAGCAACCGAAAGGGCGAGAACGACGACGACACUUGGUUCAAGGUGGACUGGGAACGAGUUCCUGAUCUGAUCGAGAGCCGAAGAGUGUUCCUCAAGGCUGGAAAGGCCUUCGUACCUGGUCGUGAGCAGGCCGGCAUGGUGGUUUCCGAGUUCACCUCGCGCUUAGAACGACAACUUGAGUUGACUGCCCGAGCCCUUCCCCGACUCGACGAGGACGACCGACUUACCCCCAUCCUCAACCAUCUUUCCAAGAACUUCAUCACCCCCGAUGCUUCGUACACAUCAGGCACAGCCGCAGUACCUGGUGCAGAAAUCAGCGCCGCCAACAUCGACAACCUGUCUCAACAUUUCCCAGCCUGCAUGUCCCACCUGCACCGUUCACUACGUCGAGAUGCUCAUCUGAAGCACUUUGGUCGACUGCAAUACUCGCUCUUCCUCAAGGGCAUCGGUCUUAAUCUGGAGGAGUGUCUUGUGUUCUGGAGAAAGAGCUUCAACAAGAUGACAGAUGAUAAGUUUAACAAAGAGUACCGCUACAAUAUUCGUCACGUAUAUGGUGAUGUUGGAGGCGACUCCAACCGAAGAGGAGGUGGUUACAGUCCGUUUAGUUGCCAGAAGAUCCUCACAGAACACCCCCCUGGCCCCGGUGAGGCUCAUGGAUGCCCGUACCGACACUUUAACUUGGAGAAUCUGUCGGCACUCGUACAGGCUAUGGGUGUCAAUGAUCGCUCUGUUCUUCAGGGUGUUAAGGAGGAUAAGGACAAGCAAAAGUUCCACAUGGCAUGCAAUCGCGUAUUUGAGCAUCUGCACAAACAAGAGAUUAGGAAGGCCAAGGACGAGGGCGUCAUGACUCAAUCACAGCUCGAGACCAUUGUUCAUCCCAAUGAAUACUUUAAGCGCAGUUUCCUGCUAAAGAAUCUCGGCAAGGAGACAGACGUGCGAAUGGAGGGCUGA